CCUGCAAGAAACAGAUGUGUGAACAGACAAUUCCAGUACAUUUAGGCUGCUGUCUCUGUGGGCCAGUAGAACCAUAAUAAACCUAUUAAUAGGAACGUUUCCAUACUGAUGAACUGGGGAGGUCUUACUGGUCGAAAUCGCACCAUCCCUGUCCUGGCUUCCAGUUUGUUUCAGAAUUGGUUUUAGCUGAUUUUUGCCAAUCACCUGGUCUGGUUUUCACCUGUAUGUGAAAGAAGCUUGACUGCAUGAAUCUCAAAGGUGUUGGCGUUGUAGCCCUCGGGACCCCUCACAGACUCACUGCCUUCUUACUGCCUGCUUUUAUAGACUUGCUUUAAAGAGGACCUGUACUCAUUCCCAGCUCCAUGUGCUUAUCCUUGCAGUUAGAGUAGCUUUAUGUGAUUUAAAGUUAAAAUUCAUCUUUGUUUUCUAAUAUAUUAUGCACAGUUCAUAGAGAUUAAUCCUGAGCUCAUGCCAGCCCAGAUGCAAGGCUGGAUUAAGGACUAAACAUUUAUUUAUUUAUAGCGCCAUAAUUUUAUUUCUCGACGCAACUAAAGCAGCUUUGCAUGAUUCACAGUUCAAAAUAAUCCCCCCUUAAAUCAUACUGAGCCUUGCUGCGGGCCUUCAGUUUGUCCUCUGACUGAAACAAGCUGUUUAAACCCCGCCCCCUUUAAAAUCAGUUUUCUUGUGAUUGGCUGCCCGGUUUGAGCUUUGGGUGGGUGGAGCUUUUCAGAUUAGAGAGAUCACCUCUUUAUGACAUCAUACAGAUCCAAGAGCAGAAAAAACUGUGAAACAGAGCAGUCGGGGAUCAUGUUCCACAGGAGGUCUUUCACUGUUUUUGUGAUGUUGUUUGUCUUCCUUAUCUCCUAAUGUGCUCCAAUGUCUCAGAUAUGAAACGUAGAUAGAUGUGUGUAAGACGUCACAGCUCGGGUAUCGGACUCGGCUGUAGUGGGCGUGUCUGAUGCAUGUGUGAAUGUUUCUGUGUUUUGGCUGCAGAUUAGGCCCCAUGAGGGGCGGAGCACAGCUUUUAGUUUAAAAGGUCAUCGAUAAAAUAAAGAGUCCAGGACUGGGGUGGUGUGAUAUAUCUCAAACCAGUAAGAGUGACUGAGUACCUAAAUAAAAAUAAUGAUAAUUAAACUUUAACAUUUCAUGAAUCCAGAUGUUGUUUGAAAGCACAAAGUCCGAGUUCAGACACUGCAAAGCAUGUUGGGAUGCCAGCACCGCGGGCCUCAGCAGAGCCUGGUUUUGUGCUGGGAGUGCGUUCCCAGGAAAACUCGUUUAAUGUCACUUUCUCAGCACGAGAACAAGAAAACAAACUCUCUCCAAGCUCGUAGUAAAACAAAGAUGACUCCAUAAAACAAACGGACCUGGUCCUCUGCUUUGGAGAGAGCAGGCUCCAGUUAUUGAUCGAAUGUUGUAGUUUCAGGGCUUUUGGUGUCAGGCCUCCUGCAGGAGGUGCUGAGUCACUGUCGGUCACCUUCUUCCCUGCAGGAACUUAUUUUAGAGCAGUGGGUGGAUUUCAUCGCUGCACAUGAGACGCGUGCCUGGAUGGAAAGACGGUUUCAGGAAGCUGCUGCGAGUUUCCAGUUUUCAGCUCGACAUAGUUCUCGUGCCUUUCGUUGGCAGAGCUGUUUCUGUGAGGAGUAAUGCUGUCACGUUUAUCGUCCAUCUGUUUGAGGCGUAGCAGGCAGAGGUUUUAGUUCCUGAUAAACGAGCUCCAUCUCCGAGCCUGCUGAACGAGUCUAGUCCAGUCUUGUUUUGGAAAACCGCUUAAAUGAUUGAACCAAGCAGUGAUUUUUCUUCUUUUUUUUUCUCCAGCUUCUGGAAUCUGAUUUUGAUAGACAGCACAAGUGUCAGCUGCAAACAUCCAGCCUGCAAAGCAGAUGCAGGACUUGUUUUUACAGGCGUGUAGUCUCUAACACUUUAAUGCUCUGAGAAAACUGUAACUUUCCCAUCGAUUUCUCCGUUUAGCCCGACGUCUUCCUGCUUCGUCGGCUCUCCUCUGUCAGGUUUUCUUCAGAUGCUUUUCUCACACAUGUCCAGUGCGAGUUCAACCUUUGUCCUAUUUUGUGUUGUUUCACUUUCCUUAUCUCACCUCCUCCCGUCUGUGUGUUUUGCUGAUGUGGGAAAAAGCAGCCUCCUGCUCCGCUUCGCAGAUAACUCCUUCUCAGGCAGCUACAUCACCACCAUCGGCGUGGACUUUAAGAUCCGGACGGUGGAUAUCGACGGGGAGCGGGUGAAGCUGCAGAUCUGGGACACGGCGGGGCAGGAGAGGUUUCGAACCAUCACCUCGACGUACUACAGAAACACCCACGGCGUCAUCAUAGUUUACGACGUGACAAAUCCAGAGUCGUUCGUAAAUGUUAAGAGGUGGCUGAAUGAAAUCUCCCAGAACUGUGACAACGUCUGCAAGAUCCUGGAUGUUCAUGGCGUUCACCCUCAUGGUGCUCCGGGCCAAGAAGGAGAGCCAGAACAGAGUGGAGAGGGAGCGGGAGCGGGAGAAGGACACGGUGAACAUCAACGCCCAGCGAGACCGAGACCGCAGGAAGAGGGGGAAGAAAUGCUGCUGAGACGCCGCUUCUGCCCACAGCAUUCAGCUGAGACUGAACUCGGCGCCUUCGAGGCCGUCUCUCACGGCAGAUAUGAAUGUGUGGAGCUACAGCACAGCAGGCUGUAGCUCUCGCUGUGCCUGAGGGUCUACAGUCUGCCAGCACUGAAUGCAAGUAGCAGCCAGGAGGUCACAUGACCUAAAGGAUCAUUCUGGUGUUUAUGCUUUUUUUCUUCUAACCAGACUGCAGCGUGUCGUGUGUUGGACUGAAGCUAAAGAGCGACUAAUGUGCAGGUUGGUUUGUGGAUGCUAACCAGAAGAAACAUUUCUGUCACGUUUAUUCAAACGAGUGGAUUCCUGAGCUCGCCUUAAAUGACUCGUUUCAGUCUGAGCUGCACUGGUUUAUGAGGAGGUGUGUGAUCAUCAGCUUAAUCAGCACCUGUAAAACUCUCAUUCAAGUUACACCACAAAAAUGAAGCUUCUAUCCCGGCUUUUACAAUUUUCAAACACUUCAAUCGGCAGGAAACAAACCUGGUUUCAUCAUUAAAACUGAUUCUUUUUUACUCAUCUCUCCAAAGACAGAAGUCAGUUCAUGGUCACAUGUAGCCAAAGAACUUUCCACCAACAUGGCCCCGAUGCUUGAGCUCUAGAGCCGGGGACCUCUGUGGUGACCAUUCAAACACCGUCCACCUUUUUGGCAUGAAACGUGUUUGAUUGGGCACUGCGUCAGUCAAUAAUGCGUCCUGAUUGGUGGAAAACCCGGAGAUUUGGUCACAUGUCGAGUCUGUGCUCCCACCACAGCUGCACAGCGCUUUAGGGAGAAUCAGUUUUUAUGUUAAAGUGCUCCGAUUCUGCUCGUUCCCUCCAUGUUUUUGGAUUAAAGCGGCUUUGCAUGAUUACUCACUUAUCUCGUGGUAGGCUUGUUUCAGACAGGCUCCAUCCUGUCUGAAACAAGCCGAUAGCUUCUCCCCUGUUAGGUCAGUUUUUCUCCGGUUGGCUCAUCAGCAGAGGUUUUGAAAGUGGGAAAAUAAUGACCUUGCGACCUUUCACAAUGACAGGUUCUAGUUGUGUAGGUUUCACUGAAGAUAAAACUGCAGGGAUUUGUUUCUAUUUUGUUCUGUUACCUUCUGUGACACGUGGAAGAUGAAAGCCAUAUCACGCUCCACGUCUUUAGUCGCCAGUUCUCAUGUUAGUGGAAAAAAGGGAGUAACACUGAGAAACUCUACAUCUGUAUUUGCAGUGAACUAAAACAUGCAAAAACAAACACCAGCAUGGUCCUUUAACUUUGGUCUUAAACCACUGUUUAGAUUUUUUCUUAAUACAGAACAUGUAUUUAACCAGUGAAAGGGAGCUGUUUGUUCAAUUGUGACAUUAACGUGUGUGAUGAGUACAAACUGUCUGCAUGCCUUAUUUCAGUCUGAAUGAGGCCAGUAAUCCCAAAACAUGUUUUAAUGUAAAUCUGAUGCCAAGCAAAUGUGUCCAAAUACAAUAAAAGCAAUAAAUUCAGUGAUUCUUUGUGCA